AUGAAUAAUAAUUCCGCCGAUUCGAAUGAAAUUGAAAACAUCAAGCCUACCAAAAAGGCGAGAAAGUUUUCCGCGAAAGAAUUUCGCAAACAAUUAGCGACUUCCAACGUUUCAAAUGCAUUACAACAAUUUUCGGAGGCUAUUAACAACGACAACAAGCACGAUUACGUAUUGGACUACUUAGAAGCCGGAGGGAAUUGCUUGGAAUUACUGCAAAUUUUAGAGCAAAACUCGACGAUCUCCCCCGUAGCAAUAUUCGACGUAAUAUCGUUAAUUCUACUGAAAAUCAGCUCCUCUUAUCCCCAAUACCGCAGCUCCGCGUACGAAUCAUGCCGUUACCUGCUAAACAACUACAUAACAGUCAUCAACAAGAUGCUGAACAUGAGCUCGACCACUCCGGAACGGAAAUCGUGCCUGAAACUCCUCACGUCCAUGGUGGCAUUCUCCCCAGUCCUAGCCAAAGACAUUCUAAUCAACGUCAGUUUCCACACCGCUAACAUCGAAUUACUAACGAAACACACCGGAGAAAAGAACUCCGUGCGAGACAAUUUCAUUAAAUUUUUAACAGCGUAUUUAGUGGAUGGGCAUUACCCAGCUUUGUCCACUUUAUUGGAAAAGAAGGGUUUCAUAACCAGCAUAAUUCAGGGCUUGAAGUACGACUCUGUGGAUACCCUUUGUCUGGUCGUAUCGGCCAUGAAAACGUUCAUUUUGGAGAACCCCUACGUUUCCAAAACGGCGAAAAUGAAAACAUUCAAUACAGUCGUGAUUAAAGAUGUCGUUAAUCUCUACAAUUGGACAGGGCCCGCUGGUUUUAAGGCUACGAAGAAAAAUAACCGUGCAACUCUUGUAAAGCCCGAUAACGUAGAAAAAGCGAAAGUAAACGAAGCAUUACACGAUUUCUUAUUGAAAUUAUGCACGAGCCACAAGCACGGUAUAAUAUUUAGAGAUCAUUCGGUCGGUUUAGGGAAGAAAAAUCAGAACGCUUUGAUGUACACUGUAUUAGAAGGCUUAGAAAGGCCUUGGGAGCACUCGUACGCUUCGGAACUCGUGACGAAAAUAUGCGGAGCUUGUCCAGACUUGGCCAAAAACGUUUGGGGAAACUUAAAGUCUUCACUUGAACCUAGAAUGUCUCCUAAAUGGAUCGCUGCUGUGAAAUUUUCCGUGAAUCUUUUGAACGAACUGCAUCCGAAUUGCAUCGAAUUUUGCAUCAAAGAACUGAACGAAAUACAACUAUUUCAAAUCGUACAAUGCCUGGUUUUGCCUCUACCGAUACUGAAGACUAUAAUUCCGGAGAAACUCGUAUACGAUUGUUCGUCGAUUAAACAAUACGUGAAUUGGCUGCUGUUAGAAAUGUUAAAGUCCGUUCGUAACUACUUGGUAGCUUCUAGGGAAUUUUUAUCCGAAGAGAAACAAGCAAAAUUCGAAUUUCUAAUCAACAAGCACGUUUCGAAGAAUUUCCCCGACGCCUUGACCUUCCUGAAUAAUUGGGACCAACUGGACGAAAAUUCCCCGUUCACCGAUUUAAGAAAUUUGGAAAUAAUCAUCGAUACGUUCAAUCUGUACAAAACGAUAUCCCCGGAACUUUUGAACGAUCUGAGCAACAACGACUCGGAACUCUGCAACCUAUUGGAAUACAACAAAACCGAAGGCUUCGACGAAUCUCUAUCGAACCUCCAAGUCAAAAUAAUCGAUCUGUUCGUCGACUUGGAUCCGUCGAAGUUCCUCGUGAAAUCCAACAUGUUCUCGUCGGUCGUACCGCUGUUGUUGAAAAUCUACUACCACAACCCCAAAGGCGAUUCGAACACUCUGAGGGUGUUGAACAAACUCCUCAAAAACACCGGUUUGUUCGACGGUUGCCCGCACGAAAUCAACGUAUGGAUAAACGGAGUAUUGGACGCGAAAAAUUGGGAUCAAGAACUCGCCCGAGCCAUCGUAGAGACUUUCCAAUUAACUGAUAACGAUGUGCUUGGAUUACUGGAAAAGUUAUCCGCGAUUCAAACGGAGACUAACAGAGAGAAGCACUACAGCGAAACUAUAAGGAAUCUAAUGAACCAAACCGGUGUUACUGCGAAAGAAAUUCAAAAGUAUCCCGUCGGGCAUAAAUAUUUGAGCCCCGUGGUGCUCGGUUACGUGGAGUAUUUGAAGCGAGCGAAUCCUACUAAGUCUUUGAAGGCCUAUUCGAGCUUUAUCUUCGCGAAUUUGUUGCACUCGCAAACGAAUUUCGAGCCGAUAGCGGCUCUAAUAAACGAAGCGGAUGUACCAGAAGCGUUGAAAGAGUAUUGUAAUUGCUGGUUGAGCGGUGAAAAAACGCCAAGUUUGCCGAAAUCCAAAGGUAGAAUCGCCGUUUUGCGCGAAUGCAGCGAGGAAUUCCUAUCGGGAGAUGUAGAAAAAUACGCUAAAACCGCAGAUAUCGAUUUUUACUCGGAUUUAAAGCUCAAUUUGUUAGACAUGGUGUUGUUUUACGUUGUUAAUUUGAUCAACAACGACUGUUUGUCGAGCGAUGUGGCCGAUAAAUGCGAGAAUUUCAUCAAAUUGUUGCCAAAUAACGAUAAGGAUGUAGUAGAGAGGAUUUUGUGCCAUCCCGUGCUGGCGCGAAACACGAAAUUUUUGCAUCUAAACCAAUCCAAUUGCACGAAGUUAAUGGUGAACGUUACGAAGGAUUUGGCUGCUUCGAAUCGCGAUUUGGAUCUCUAUUUGAACGUUUACAGGGAGAAAUUGCUGCACUCUAUAUUGAAGAUACUGAAGAAACCGCAGAAAUUCGAGGAAAAUCCGCCGGAUAUAAAAACUCUGAUGCACAUUUACUCGUUGGGUUACGAAGAGUGCUCGAUUAUACUCGAAACUAUCGGUAGAUAUUUCGAUAAAUACUCGAACCACGAGGUAAUUGUAGAAAUAUUAUCUUACAGCCUCCAACAGUUCACUCAAAAGUGCCUUUCGAAUGCAAAUUUGGAGCCUAUAAACGAAGAAACCGCCACGAAACUAACCGAUUACUUCGCCAUUUUAGCCAAACAUCAACCACAAUUAACCAGCGCUUUAUCUUCAACAUUCCUAGAGUACCUCGAAGUUUUCCCUCACACACUAAACUUCAUCAACUCCGAUCUAUUCGAAACGCUCCUACAAAUCGAAGACUCCCCUAAAGACAAUAUAAAACUAAUCACUUACAUUUUGAAAACGAAUUGCUCCGCUCACAUGGAAAGCGUGAGGAGAAACUUGGAGAAGAUAAGCGAGAAGAAAGCUCUACUUCUACCGAUACUAAGCGUGCUGAGCAAGGAACAAAUAGAGGAGGAUUUCUACAAACGAACUUACAAUUUAGUAGAAACCUCUCUGAAGAAAACCCUGCAGAAACCGCAAAAAGCCGGCCAGCAUUUCCACCAGCACUACGACGGCUUGGUGGAAUUAAUCCGCGUCGCCGCUCCCGUCGAAGCUUGCAAAAGCUUUUGGGAGAAAGUGCAAAAGUUCGACGCUUCGGAGAUCUACCACGUGCAUCUGUUGAAAGCCCUUUGUUCGAAAUCCCUCAGCGAAUCAACUACCGAUAAGGAAAUCAACAGCAUCCUACUGACUUUCGUGCACUUGCAACUACACUUGUUCAAGAAAACCGACGCGGAUUUGGCGAAAGCCGAGGAAAUUGCAUCGCAAAUUACGCAAGUUUUCGACGCCCUCAAACCGAUCGCGAUCGGUAGAGAUUUAAAAGCCGUCGCGAAGAACGAAUCGGUGAAGUUGUACGUGAAAUUCUGCUUGAAAUACGGAGUGUCCUCGCGCCCCGCGUUCCUCAAAUCCCUGAAAACGGUGCUGGAAAUCCUCCGGGAGAGCUUGGAUAAUGAAGAAGCCCGGCUGAUUUUGGACAUGCUCACCUCCCAUUCGGAGUUCCUGGACGUGAUGCUGGGCGAGCACGGCGACACCAAAGCGGAAUUGUUAGAAUUGUAUUUAAUAAUCUGUAAAAAUUGGCCGGAAUUCAUGGAGAGGAACUUCGUGCCGCUCCUGCUGGCUAGCUACACCGCGAGAGUGAACAAAUGCGACAGGAUUAUACUGUUACUGCUCAAGAUGUUCGAAUCGGCGCCGGAUCGGACGCAUUUCUACGAUUUCAAGCCGUUUUUGUGGGGAAAGUCGGCCGCCACGCAGUAUUCCGUGAAGAAUCGCAUCGAGAACGCCCUGCUGAGGCAACCGAAGACCGGAGACGUUCUCGAUAUACUCCAAGAGGAUCUGGUUUGUUCCACCAUAACUCGCUAUCCUUUCAGCGAUCGCCUGAGGCCCGACGAGAGAGAUCUUCUCGACGUGCCGGAGGCGAAAAGUUACGAUUUGUUGUUUCUGUUGCCGCUGUUCAGCCAGUUGUUGGCUCCCGAACAGCAGGUGCUUACCUACAAAUUCACCAGAUCCGGUGCUCUGAGUCUAACCGUGAUAGGAUUGAGCAGUGCAGACGAGGAAGUUCGAAGGGCCGCUUGCCACGUACUGGCCAGGUUUCACUAUCACGUCGAAGCCAGGCAAACUGGGAAGGAUAACCUGUUGUGGAUCCGCUACGUCGAAGCCGUUUGUAAAGGUACGGCCGCGUUACCGGAUUUCAAAUUGAACAAUUUCGCGGCGAUUUACCUGGCCAGGAUGGCGCUGAUCCUCACGCAGCCCAAUCACGUUAUGUAUUUGCCGUUGUCUCAACAUCUGGCAGCGAAGGCUUCGUUGGAUUUCAGCACGGUGCCGGAAUUGUAUACGUUCCUCCACAGCUCGGAGGUGAAUUAUAAAGAGCACAGGACGUUCACGUUGGAGUUGUUGAGAGACGGUUUGAGAACGGAGAAGGAUUUCUCGGAUUUUAUGAGGUCGAUGGCUUUUAAGUUGUUUUCCGAAUUGUAUUGUAGCGAGGUUUGCGAUGCUGAUGGAAAUAUUGUCGCUGUCGGUCCUUACAAAUCGUUCUUCGGCAAUUGGCUCUGCUGCUCGAGCAGCUGCGCCAGCGACUUGGGCCCCUGUCCGCUGAACAACGACUGCUGCGGCAGGUGCGCCAGGCUGCUGUCCAACGGCUUGCUGUUCCUCAACUGGCCCGGCAAAUUCGGCGUCCAGCUGUUGUUGAACAACGAAUAG